GCCGCAACUCCUCCUAAACCCCAGAAAACCCUAAGCCGUGGUCCGCCGCCGCACAGUCGCCAUGGCUCUCUUCGCCGCCGCCCGCCGCGCCGCCACCUCAAGCCUCCCCCUCCUCCGCGCCUCCGCCCCGGGAGCCACCCGCGGCGCCGCCGCCCUGCUCCGCCCCCUCGCAGCCGCCGCGGCGCGGCCGCAGCCUCGCUCGAUGCCGUUCUCGUCGGCCGCCUCGACGAAGCCCAGCUCCGACGGCGAGCUCCUCCGGAUCAUCGACUCCGAGAUCAAGUACGCCGAGGAGAGCGACGACCACGACCGGGUCGAGGAGAUACCUGAGAACUUUCCCUUUAAAAUUAGUGAUGAAAAGGGCUCAAAGGAAAUUACUCUUACAAGGACUUACCAGGGUGAGGAGAUUGAGGUUCUGGUUUCCAUGCCCAGCCUUGUGACUGGUGAUGAACCUGACCACGAGAAUGAGUCCGAUGAGGAUGGUCAGGAAGAGGAAACUCAGAGUUCCAACAAGUCUAGCAUUCCUCUCACUGUCACCAUCUCAAAGGGAGAUGGACCAAGCCUUGAAUUCAUCUGCACUGCUUAUCCUGAUGAGAUUAUAAUCGACGCCUUGUCCGUGAUGCCACCAGAGAACAAAGACGGUGAAAUGAUCACAUACGAGGGUCCUGAUUUCAAUGACCUCGAUGAAAACCUGCAAAGGGCGUUCCACAAGUACCUGGAGCUGCGUGGGCUCACACCCAUGGCUACAAACUUCUUGCACGAGUACAUGAUCAACAAGGACAGCCGAGAAUACCUCCUCUGGCUGAGAAAGCUGAAGGAUUUUGUCAGGCACUAGUGAUUAAUGCUAUCAUUUCGUUGCCAUAAUAUUAGUUUUGAGAAACAUGAACUGCUCCUUUCUAGAGAAGUAAACAUGGACCAUCAAGUUAUGCUUGAUUAGGCUUUUGAGGUCGUUUUCGUGACGAAGUUUUUUUUGGGCAGUAUCAUAAUGGCACAUGAACCUGGAAAUUGGAACCCAUGGAAAUUCUUCAUUUAGUAUAUUCUGCAAUUUUCGUCUACAGCGAUGUCGCUAUCUUCAUUGCGUCCCCUUUACCCAUGUGCACCGCUAUUACCAAAUAAUUGAA